AAUUAGGUACUUGCUAUCAGGUGAUCGAUAUGUUUGGUGAUAAAACUAUUUCUACACAAUAUUAUGCAACAUUUUAUUUUGUUGCGUCGAACUUUGUUGGAAAUUCCGUUCAGGAAAUCAUAGGUUUUCCUUUACAUAAAUGUAAUACUAUAUUAUAUACUCCUUCGGUUUUUUUGGUAACGCUAAAUUCAUUAUUUAUAUCUAUCAUUUUUUUUAAGGGGGGAAAAUCGUCGAAUGUCUUCUCCCGCCUGGGUGAGGCGGGAGGGAGUGUCAGACUCUUACUGACUAAAACCCACCCCGUUCCUACUCCUGCACGUCGAGCCGGAGCCCCGGUUACCCGUUAG